AUGUCGAGCAAGACCAGGAACAAGAAUAAGAACAAUGACGCGAUCGAAAAUGGGGCGGCCGACGAUGUCGCGAAGAAGAUCGCGGACGUGGAACUCAACGAGGACACGCCGAGCAAGAAGCUUACGCACAAGGAGAAGAAGAAGCUGAAAAAGCAGCAGGAGUAUGAACGGACGGUGGAGAUGAUGACGAAGGCUGGCGGCCAGGGUCAUAGUGAACUGGAGUCAAACUUCACGGUCUCGCAGAGCGAGACACAGCAGCGUGGCAAUCAGCAGCUGGACCACGCGGUCGACAUUAAGGUGGAGAAUUUCAGCAUAGCAGCCAAGGGCAAAGAGCUCUUCACCAAUGCUAGUCUUCUCAUAGCGCAGGGCAGACGUUACGGCCUGGUGGGACCUAACGGUCAUGGCAAAACUACCUUGCUCCGCCAUAUAGCCAAGAGAGCCUUCAAUAUUCCAAGCACCAUAGAUGUUCUAUAUUGCGAGCAAGAAGUUAUAGCGGACGAUACUCCGGCUGUAGAGGUAGUUCUGAAAGCUGAUGCAAAGUGUACAAUGCUUCAGGCUGAGUGCAAAAAACUGGAGGAAUUGACAGAGCAAGGGGAUACUACUGUGCAAAGUAGAUUGCAGGAGGUUUAUGAGGAGUUGAAAGCCAUUGGUGCAGAUUCAGCAGAGCCACGAGCCAGACGGAUCCUCGCUGGUCUGGGAUUCAAUCGUGCUAUGCAAGAUCGUGCGACAAAGAAUUUCUCUGGUGGCUGGCGAAUGCGCGUCUCGCUCGCAAGAGCACUCUUCUUGGAACCCACAUUAUUGUUGCUAGACGAACCUACAAAUCACUUAGAUCUGAACGCAGUAAUCUGGCUGGAUAAUUAUUUGCAGGGCUGGAAAAAGACCUUACUUGUUGUAUCACACGACCAGAGCUUUUUGGACAAUGUGUGCACGGACGUAAUACACUUAGACCAGCAAAAGUUGUUCUAUUACAAGGGAAAUUAUAGCAUGUUUAAAAAGAUGUAUGUACAGAAGAGAAAAGAGAUGAUAAAAGCAUACGAGAAGCAGGAGAAGCGGUUGAAAGAUCUUAAGGCAUCCGGUCAGAGCAAGAAGCAAGCUGAGAAGAAGCAAAAGGAAGCUCUCACCAGGAAGCAAGAGAAGAACAGGACGAAAAUGCAGAAGCAGGAAGAGGACAGUGGACCUACGGAAUUGUUACAGAAACCAAGGGAAUAUAUAGUAAAAUUCAGUUUUCCAGACCCACCACCACUUCAACCUCCAAUUCUUGGUCUUCAAAGUGUAACUUUUGCAUACGAAGGACAGAAACAUCUGUUCAUCGACGCAGAUUUCGGCAUAGACUUAAAUUCUCGGGUAGCUAUAGUAGGCCCUAACGGUGUUGGCAAGUCUACCUUCUUAAAAUUACUAAUGGGCGACAUAACACCUCAAAAGGGAGAAAACACAAAGAAUCAUCGAUUGAGGAUAGGAAGGUUUGAUCAGCACUCUGGUGAGCAUCUGACCGCUGAGGAAACGCCGGCGGAGUACUUGAUGCGACUGUUCGAUCUCCCGUACGAAAAAGCGCGGAAACAACUAGGCACUUUUGGUCUCAGCUCUCACGCGCACACGAUCAAGAUGAAAGAUCUAUCGGGCGGCCAAAAAGCACGCGUCGCGAUGGCUGAACUUUGUCUAAACGCGCCAGACGUGUUGAUCUUAGACGAACCGACUAAUAAUCUCGACAUAGAAUCCAUUGACGCACUAGCCGAAGCUAUAAACGAAUAUAAAGGUGGCGUCAUUAUCGUCUCGCACGACGAACGGCUUAUUCGAGAUACAGAAUGCUGCCUCUAUGUAAUCGAGAAUCAGCAGAUCAAUGCUACGGACGGCGACUUCGACGAUUACAGGAAAGAAUUGCUCGAGAGUCUGGGGGAAGUUAUCAAUAAUCCCAGUAUAGCCGCAAACGCUGCUGUUCUACAAUAAUUGUUAGCCAAUUAGUAAUAUUCGAUAUCUUGUUGGCCAAUGAUGCAAAAACGAUCAUUGGAUCGCGACCGAAAAGCCUUCUUAAGGACGUCUGUCCAUCCUAAAAUCACUAGAAACGAAUUUUGUAUUAUAAAUAUGCCAAUUAUGUGAAUUUAAAAUUAAAUCUUUAAAAACAU